CCUUUUGUUUGCAAAUAAUUUUUGAAAUUGUGGUGCGGAAGUUGUCAGAUAUUAGCUGUGGAAAUCUCCGACUUUAUUAGAAGAGAAACUCAAUAAUUAGAAAGUGGCAGAAUCGUCACUUGUAUUUUUUCACGACUUCACUUGGUUUUCAUUUCGUGCAUAUUCAGCGACUUUGCUGUUGGUUUUUGCAUUUGAUUGUCACCGAUUAACGGAGCACCCCAAAAAGCGGCAGUCGCAAGUUGCACGAAGUUGGCGAACAAGGGGUGUAAAAGGAACAGAAUUAAUCAAAUAAAUCAACGAAUUUUACAUCGUCCAGCAAUUUCGUUCUCGUAAAACUAUCAUGAGUACUGCAGAAGAAACCAGUCAACCGACAACGCCCCAAGAUUCAUCUGAUUCACAAGAUCAGGCAAAUCCACGAGAGUUAGAGAAAAUUGAGGAGGAAAAAUUGAAAUCGAAGUAUCCAUCAGGGUUACGCGGGCCUGGCGGUCAUUCAGCUUUUCUGCAAAAGCGUCUACAGAAAGGCCAAAAAUUCUUCGAUUCUGGUGAUUAUCAAAUGGCAAAACAGAAGGGUGGCGGUGUAAAGCAAGUUUUUGCGAACAAGGUAGCCACGGGCGAAGCAAUACCUACACCGGAAACAGUGCCUGCGCGUAAAACCUCGAUAAUACAGCCUUGUAAUAAGUUCCAAACGACGAGUUAAAUGAAUUAAUAACUUGGUUAUAGUGCUCAACAUUGCAGAAAAUUUAUUAAUUUGUUUCAUCAGCACUAUUAUAUUAUACUUUUAAUAUUACUAUAUUCUGAUCUGUCCUUUCCCAAACUAUAAUGGUUAUGAGUAGUAUAGAGAGAAUCAAACCAAUUCUUAUAAUUCAUUGUCUACGAUUGAAGCUUCACUUAUGUAAACUCAUUACUUUUUGCAUAACUUGUCUGUUGAUUGCGCCCAAUGGGUAAGAGUUAAAUAAAAACUAAGUUCUUUAA